UUGGGCACCCUGUGCUCUUUGUUGUUGACCUUCAGUUGAGAUGGCGGAGAACGAAGCAGAAGCAGACAACGAGUCGAACCAGAACCAAUCUGUGCAAGUCAUAAGCACUGAUAGCUACUCACAAACAGGACUCACUGAUGUAGGUACAGAAUGCGAGCCAUUAGUGAUUAGCGAUAGAAAAGACGACGUUGAAGACGAUCCUUACAAUGAUGCUUAUAGGAAUGGAAACUUUGGCAUCAAACGAGGAAAAAUCAACUUCACACGUGCAAAACGAUGGAGCGUCGCUCACUUCUUCUCCGCUAUAAUCAUGACUUCUUUCACGCUUUCCUGUGUUAUUCUUCUGGGGAAUAAUCAUAAAUACUGGAUCAGCAGCGACCUAAGGGACUGGUUCUCCGCCAUUACUAUCCUAUGUUGUCUUCUUGGCCUGACCAUGUCUUCUUGUAGCUGUUAUCUGUCGAGUUCACUCGCUAAAAUACGGAGACCUCUGUUUUUCCUGCUCCUUGUUCGUCUACUGGCUUUUCUCGAGCUUGUAUUUAUCGUGACAGGAAUAAGCCUGACGAUAGCGGUUGAAUCUGAGGCUAAAGAAAGAAAUCCCUGGAGAGAAAAGUACUACUACUACUGGACGACAGAUAGUCCAAGGGAUAUCGCAGACAAUUUCAAGUCCUUUGUAGUUCUCUGCAGUUUCCUUGUUAUCUCUAUGGUGGUCGAACUGAUCAUGGCAGGCGCUUGGUUGUUCCACUGGUGGAAAUGCUGUGAUGGUUGUGAAGCUCUGAAGUCUUUCUGCAUCUUUGAGCCCGGGGAGCCACUAGCUUCAGGUGUCUCCGACCCUCCUACAGGCAUUAUCCACGAGUGUGCCUACGUGUGCUGGUCAAUUUACAAGAUUGAUUUAAGCUUUAUUAUUUAA